GGCCCUGGCUGACUCCUCCCGGCUCGGCCUGCGCGCAGGCAGGCGCGGUGUGUGAAGGCCAGCUCUGAGCUGCGCGGCCUGACUAAACCUCUGGGGCGGCAGAGCCCGGUCAAGAGGGGGAAGGAGAAUGCGACCGGGCGGGGGGAUUGGCCCAAGGGCGUCCAGGCCGCUGUUACCGCUGCUGCUGCUGCUGCUGCUGCUGCUGCUGCGGGAGGCGGCAGGGGAACCUUGCGCCGCUGCUGCGCCUUGUUCUUGCCGGCGAGGUGUGUUGGAUUGCAGCCGCCUCCGCCUCACCGGCCGGAGCUUAGAACCAGGCCUGCUUCCAGCUUUGCCUCGCAGCAUCACUGCGCUAGAUUUGAGUUAUAACGAUUUGUUAUCCUCUAAUUGGAGUAUUGAUUCAUCAGGCCAAAUACUGCAAGAAGUGAAGAUGAAUCACAAUGAACUAAGUGGCAUUCCUCACUUUGGUGAACUGACUUCUAAUAUCACACUACUGUCACUAGUGCAUAAUUCAAUUCAGGAGAUUGUCUCUGAACAGCUGCAGCCUUAUUUUUCCCUGGAGAACCUUGACCUCAGCUCUAACUUCAUCACAGAAAUCAAAGUUUCUUCAUUCCCGCGUAUGCAGCUGAAGUACCUGAAUGUGAGCAACAAUAGAAUAACUACUCUGGAAGCAGGCUGUUUUGAUAACCUGUCCAACUCCCUAAUAGCCGUAAAACUGAACAGAAACAGAAUAAGUAUGAUUCCACCAAAGACUUUCAGGCUACCUUAUGUACAGUUCUUGGAACUUAAAAGAAACCGCAUUAAGGUAAUAGAAAGCCUUACCUUCCAAGGCUUGGACUCAUUGAAAUCAUUAAAAAUGCAACGCAAUGGGAUUAGUAAUCUAAUGGAUGGUGCCUUUUUUGGACUGAAUAAUAUGGAAGAAUUAGAGCUGGAACAGAAUAACCUGACAGAAGUAAAUAAAGGAUGGCUAUAUGGCUUGAAGGCACUGCAAAAGCUCUAUGUCAGUCAGAAUGCCAUUAACAGGAUUGGACCUGAUGCGUGGGAAUUCUGCCAAAGCCUUUCUGAACUAGAUCUGUCAUACAAUCAACUGACUCGCCUAGAUGAGUUUGCUUUUAUUGGAGUGAAUGUAUUGGAAAAAUUAAAUUUGAGUGACAACAGACUCAGUUACAUUGCUGAUGGGGUUUUUAAGGGACUUUCAUAUCUGCAGACUUUAGAUCUACGGAAUAAUGAGAUCUCCUGGGCCAUAGAAGAUGCAAAUGAAGCAUUUACAGGACUUGAAAGACUCAAUAAACUGAUUCUUCAAGGAAAUCAAAUUAAGUCAAUUACAAAGAAAGCACUUUCUGACCUUCAGGCUCUUGAAUAUCUAGAUUUGAACAACAAUGCAAUAGUAUCUAUUCAAGAAGGUGGUUUUUCCCAGCCUCUCCUUAAAGAAUUGUUGUUGAACACUAGCAGCUUAUUGUGUGACUGCCAGUUGAAAUGGCUCCCACACUGGCUUUCCCACAGCCGUUUGCAGGAUACAGUCAGUGUCAUUUGUGCUCACCCUGAAUGGCUGGCUGGACAGAGCAUUCUCAGUGUGAACACUGAAGACUUUGUUUGUGAUGAUUUUCCCAAGCCACAGAUUAGAACACACCCUGAGACUACAGUUGCGCUUAGAGGAACCAAUGUUACCCUGACUUGCAAGGCAGUGAGCAGCAGUGAUUUGCCUAUAUCUGCUGCCUGGAGAAAGGACAGUGAAAUAUUGUAUGAUGCAGAUAUAGAAAAUUUUGUCAGGUACCAGCAACAAGAUGGUGAAAUCCUGGAAUAUACUUCUAUCCUGCAUGUUUUCAAUGUGAACUUUACUGAUGAAGGAAAAUACCAGUGUAUCAUCUUCAAUCACUUUGGGUCCAAUUAUUCGAACAAGGCCAAGUUGACUGUCAAUGAGCUGCCUUCUUUUGUGAAAACUCCCAUGGAUUUAACAGUACGUACUAGAGCCAUGGCUAAAUUGGAAUGUGCUGCAGAAGGCCAUCCAUCACCCCAGAUAUCUUGGCAAAAAGACGGCGGCACAGAUUUCCCUGCAGCUCGUGAAAGGCGCAUGCAUGUCAUGCCCGAAGAUGAUGUCUUCUUCAUAGUAAAUGUAAAAAUUGAAGAUAUGGGGAUUUAUAGUUGUAUGGCACAAAAUGUGGCUGGCAUUAUAUCAGCAAAUGUAACAUUGACGGUGUUAGAAACACCUUCAUUUGUUAGGCCUCUGGAAGACAGGACUGUGGCUCAAGGCGAAACAGUGGUUCUGCAGUGCAUUGCUAGUGGCAGCCCUACCCCUCGUCUAAACUGGACCAAAGACGAUGGUCCUCUGACAGUAACAGAACGGCAUUUCUUUGCCGCUGCCAAUCAACUCCUCAUUAUUGUUGAUGUGGGAUUAGAGGAUGCUGGGAAAUAUACUUGCAUUAUGUCUAAUACACUUGGUACAGUGCGUGGCCAUAUUUAUUUAUAUGUAUUAUCUUCACCAAACUGUGACUCAUCCCAUAGUGGUAUUGGAAUUGAAGAUGAUGGCUGGACAACAGUUGGGAUUGUGAUCAUUGUUGUGGUCUGCUGUGUUGUAGGCACCUCUCUAGUUUGGGUUAUUGUCAUCUAUCACAUGAGAAGAAAAAGUGAAGAUUAUAGCAUCACUAACACAGAAGAGGUAAAUUUGCCUCCUGAUAUUCCCAGCUACUUAUCUUCCCAAGGGACUCUGUCAGAGCCACAGGAAGGCUACAGUAAUUCUGAGGCAGGAAGCAAUCAGCAACUUAUGCCUCCCUCCAGUAGUUACUUACACAAAGUUACAGAUGGUGGCACAGGGCCAUUGGUGAUCUGCUCAGAUUGUUAUGACAAUGCCAACAUCUAUUCCAGAAACAGGGAGUAUUGUCCUUAUACAUACAACACUGAAGAUGAUCCACUGGAUCAGUCAUUGUCCAGCCUAAUGGUACAGAUGUCUAAAGAGCCCUAUCCUGGGUGCCCCCAGCAUGAAACCACAACUACGAAUAGCCUUUCAGAUGGCCGAGAUAGGUCUGUGUUUCUUAGCAGUCAAGACAGGCUACAUGAGAGGAAACCAUGCUCUCAGUCCUGCAACAGUGAUCUUUUUCAACAGUCUUUAUGGGGUAUCAAUAAUGAUCUGGGGUUGUUGCACCCUCAUUUUUCAUCUCCAUCUAAGACCCAUGAGGUGCCACAACUUCUGCAAAAUGAAGGCAUCACGGAGAGAGAGCCAGAGCAGGUUAUUUCCCCUAGGCCUCAUCACAGAUUACAUGAAUACAACUUCGAUUUUAACAGGACUCAGGACAUACAAGAACAUCGUGAAGCUACAUAAAAAUGAAAUAAGAAACCUUAGCAGCUUGAAGCAUUUGUUAGUAUCUUUGCUACCUCAUAUUUUGACCCAUGGCAAAAAAUGUUUCAUGCUUUCAACAGAGACUUAAUGGAACGAACCACUGGUUACAUGCUGGAGGGCAAACCACUUCCUUCUGCUACUGUCCAAUAAGUAGCAUAUAUUAAAGCUCAUUCUUAAAUGGAAUGCUGGAAAAAAGAAAAAGAAGAUACAACACAGUGGUGGAAGUUUGAUAAAAAGUGUCUCUGUUGUCUUGGAAACAUUCCCAUGAAUGGUUCACAUGCAUUAUCUUUCCUGCUGAAAAAAAUAACUUUAACAGAUCCUCUUCGCAAGAUUCCUUGGUAUUCAUAAAUAUGAAACUCUUGCUUGACUUUUUUGAUCCUUCUGACAACUAGCAGAAAUUAUUGGACCUCAGUAUGUCCAAUCACAAACUUUAUUUACUUUUUCUCUCUCUGAAGUAUUCAGGUGUAAAUAUAUACACAUAAUAUAAAUAUUUUGUAUACACUAGUAGACAUGUCAGACUGAAAUGUAAUUUUUUUUUAAUUAUGCCAAAUAUUGCAUACUGUCAUAUCAUUCUGACUUCUACUGACCUGUUUUUCCAGAAACCAGAAAUUAAUGUUUACUAAGAAUAAUGCAAAUAGGUUGGUACAUAAAUAAUUUUUUUGCACUCAGUGAUUGGAGUUACCAAAUGCUGUGCCAUUCACUGGAGAUUUUCAUUCUUUGAUGGCUCUUCCCACUUUCUAAUCUCAUGUAUGGGCAGUAACUAACUGAAGGAAGAUUGCGCAUAAGGAGAAUUUCAUGUGAAUCUGUCCAUGGAUUUUGAAGCAGGGUGAGAUAUGUGUGAAGUGAGGGAUGGCUAAAAAUAAGUUGAC